AUGUCGCGCCCUAUGCCACGCCUCUUUCUUAUCCGCCACGGGGAGACAGAGUGGUCUCGAAACGGGUCAGUCUAUACCGGUAGUCACUCACUUGAGAUAUCACUGCCAGAGCUCUUUCCUUUCUACGAUCACAGGCGUCACACUGGCCGUUCAGAUAUUCCCCUCACCAAGGGCGGUGAAGAAGAUACCCUCCAGAAGGCCAAGUUACUCGUAGGAGAUGGAAAGAUCCUCGACCCGAAGAACAUUUGCACCGUUUUUGUCUCACCCAGAAUUCGAGCUCACCGCACCUUCCACCUUCUCUUCCAACACCUUGAGUCUUUUCCCCAUCACCUUAUCACCGAGGAGGUCAGAGAAUGGGAUUAUGGAGAUUACGAAGGUCUUAAACCCGCUGAGAUAAAAGAAAAAAACCCUGCCUGGAAUAUAUGGAAGGAUGGCUGCCCAGGAGGUGAAAGCACCGAAGAAAUGUGCUGCCGGGUGGAUAUUGUUAUCCAGAAGGUCCGUGAAACCCACAGAUUGUGGAAGGAGGAAGGCAAAGGAAGUCGUGACGUCGUCAUCAUUGCGCAUGGACACUUCAACCGUGUUUUCAUCUCUCGUUGGAUCAAAUUUCCGCUCUCCUUGGGUACUCACUUCAAUGUGGAACCUGCCGGGAUUGCGAUCCUCGGUUACAACCACAACAAUUUGGCUGAGCCUGCCCUCAAUGCGCUGAACCUCUAUGCUAGUACGCUUGUCUAG